AUGUGGUUCAUCUACGCGCUCAGCUGGCUCUCGCUGCUCAUCCAGGUGGCCUUCGUCACGCUCGCCAUCGCCGCCGGGCUCUACUACCUGGCCGAGCUCAUCGAGGAGUACACGGUGGCGACGCGCAGGAUCAUCAAGUACCUCAUCUGGCUCUCCACGGCCGUGCUCGCCGGCCUCUACGUGUUCGAGCGCUUCCCCGGCCUCAUGGUGGCCGUGGGGCUCUUCACCAACCUCGUCUACUUCGGCCUCCUGCAGACCUUCCCCUUCAUCAUGCUCACGUCGCCCAACUUCAUCCUGUCCUGCGUGCUGGUUCUCCUCAAUCACUACCUGGCCUUCCAGUACUUCGCUGAGGAGUACUACGUGUUCUCCGAGGUUCUCGCCUACUUCACCUUCUGCCUCUGGUUAAUCCCCUUCGCCUUCUUCGUGUCCUUGUCGGCCGGAGAGAACGUCCUGCCCUCCACGGUGCAGCCGGGGGACGACGUGGUCUCCAACUACUUCACCAAGGGCAAGAGGGGCAAGCGCUCCGGCAUCCUGCUCGUCUUCUCCUUCAUCAAGGAGGCCAUCGUGCCCAGCCGGCAGAAGAUCUACUGACGGGGCAGGGAAACGGGCCGGGCCGCGGGAAGGGCUCCCCGGCCGGCAGGGAUGCCGGAGCUCCCCCCUCGUCCCGCUGGAGCUGCCGGGAUUUGGGAAGCGCUGUCGCCUGCUCGGCCUCGCCAACGUGGUUGGGGAUUGCGGGAAGAUCCGCUCUGCGUGGCCGCCGUUCAACUGACUUUUACACAGAGGCGUCAAGCAAAGGACGGGACGGAAUGGAGCGAGCCAGGCCUUGAACUGCUCCCUCGUCCUGCCGGGAAGACCGGAGGACACCGGCAUCCCUGGCCGGGCUCGGGAAUGCGGCUCCGCCUUGCGCCCCGGCACCGCCGGCCUCUCAUCCCGCCGCGCGCUCGGGUGCCUGGGAAGGCGCCUGCUAGGAUGUGAUAUCCCUCCUUUCUUGAUGAUGGAAUUGCCUGGUUUUGUCUCCUGUGCUCUUGCAGAGGAGCCUGGGAGCUGCUGUGGCUCCCGGUGUUUGGGAAGCGCCGGGAAGCUGCGGGGCCCGGAGAACACCUCUCCGUGUGACAGGAAUGGGAACCAGAAGAGGCAGCGGCCCCGUCUCCGCCGGGUCUCCUCUGCUGGCGCUUGCGGCGCUGCUAAACUCACCAGGCCACCAAAAUUUCCUCAAGACAAAAAGUAGACCCUACUGAGAAGGAGAUGGGAAACCCUUCAUUUUUGUUCCUUUUGGGGCAAAAAAAAAUCUUUUUUUUCUUUCUUCCUGUGUUUCUUCCUCGCUCACCUUUGGUGUGCGGCAAGAGUAAAUCCGCGCGAGCCGGGAGCCAGGGCUGCUCCCGGGAGGCUCCCGGAGGCUGCGACGGGAACAGGGCUCAUUCUGCCCCGCAUCCCAUUGCAGCCCCGUGUUCGGCGCUCCGCUCGCGCCGCGUCGGCCCUUCUCC